AUGAGCUCAAACUCUGAUUAGUAAUCAUGUUUUCUAAUUCCUUAGUCAAUUCCUUUUCAAAGUAUUAUUAAUUGGAAAUUCUGGUGUUGGCAAGUCAUGUAUGCUUAUGAGAUAUUCUGUAAUAAUCCCUCAUUAAUGUUUAAGGAAAAUCAAUUCACCAACAAUUUCUACAACACUAUCGGAGUGGAUUUCAAAACUAAAACUGUUGCCAUUGGUGAACACAAUGUUAAAUUGCAAAUUGUUAAUAAUUAUUAUAUACCAUAGUGGGACACUGCAGGCUAAGAUAGAUUCAGAACAAUAACUUGCAGCUAUUAUCGAGGUGCCCAAGGUAUCAUUAUCGUUUAUGAUAUCACUGACAGAGAGUCCUUUGAAAAUGUGAAAACUUGGAUUGCUGAAAUUGAUAAGUACUCUCUAUCAGUAAUAUUAGGUAUGCAUCAGAAUCAGUGAACAGGAUGUUAGUUGGAAAUAAAGCUGAUAUUAUAGAGAGAAGAGAAGUUUCAUAUGAGGAGGGAUUAGAAUUAUGUAAUUCUAUUUUAUAUUCUUCAUUUAGCUAGAUAAUAUUAAUUUCCUUUCUAUGAAACUAGUGCCAAAUCAUCAAUCAAUAUUGAAGCAGCUUUUACUCACAUUACAAAAAACAUUUUGAACCGAGAAAUGCAUAACUCUAAGGCUGUAGUAAGAAAAACUUCAAAUAUGAGAUUGUAAACUAGAUAAUAGCAAUAAUAAUAAUAAUAAGAAAAAAAGAAGCAGGAAGAUUUAUGUUGUUGA